AUGAAAUAUCCUCUAUUCAUUGCCGCCGCCGCCAUCGGCCUCCUGACCAGCAUAGGCGACUACUUGUACACCUACGGAAUGGCUCGGCUCCCUGUUUCGACCUCUUCCAUCAUCAUUGCUUCACAGCUUGCUUUCACUGUUGUCUUUGCUUUCCUUCUUGUCCAGCAGAAGUUUACUGCAUAUUCAGUCAACGCCAUUGUUUUGCUAGCCGUGGGAGCUAGGGUUCUGGCUAUGCACACCAGUAGUGACCAGCCCAAGGAUGAGUCCACCAAGAUGUAUGUUUUGGGGUUCCUCAUGACGCUUGCAGCCGCGGCUUUGUACGGCUUGAUUUUGCCGGUGGCGGAGCUGAUGUAUCUCAAGACAAAGCAAGGUUAA